AUGGCAUACCGGUCGCUAUGGGCGCGCGCACGAGGCAGUUUCCUCGGUGACACGACCAUUCGCCUGCUGGGUCUCGCAACUUGGGUACCCGUUGUGAUAUCGUUCAACGAUCAUGUUGCAACCAUCACAAGCAUCAGCGGUGGCUCUAUGUACCCCUACUAUAACGAGGACCGCAACAGGACUCUGGCAAACGACAUGGUGCUCACUUGGAGGUGGAAUCCAAUGGACGGGCUGCAGAAGGGCAUGAUAAUCACUUUCAGGAGUCCCUUCCAUCCCGAGACUGUCGCAAUCAAGAGAGUUGUCGCACUGGAGGGAGAAUAUGUUACGACGAGAGCGCCGCAUCCGCAACGGGUAGUCAGGGUACCACAAGGGCACAUCUGGGUCGAAGGCGACGGACCGCAGGACCAGACCUUGGACAGCAACACGUACGGACCAAUAUCUAUGGCGCUGGUUACAGGGCAAUGCGUGUGGAACAUCUGGCCCUGGCGCAAGUUUGGGCGCGUGAGGUGGGAAGAACACAGGUUCAAGCCGAGAUACUGA